AUGACAGCAAUGGGCGGGCCCAGAUUUGUGCCGUCAACUGGCAUGACAGCCACAGAACUAUGUGAACUUGAUGAUUUAUGUACAGCCAUGGUUCUUGAUCCAUAUUUGGGUUUCAUGACCCACAAAAUGAAUACCAGGUUUAAACCGCUAAACAAUCAAGGUGAACUGAAGAAGAUUGUAGAGAGUUUCCGGGAACACAGAAAAUAUGAUGAAACGUAUGAGGCUUUGCUCAAAGUCGAUCCACACCGUACAAAUCCUUACUGCAGAACAAAACAUCAAAUGAAACUUCUCAAGGAGCACACUUUCCGCUACCUCCAGAUGUUGGACUAUGUGGCUGGUUUUCAAGUUUCACCUUGCUACAGAUAUUCCAUGGAAGGACGCAUUGGAGGCAAAAUAUGUGCCACAAGGGCCUGGGGUAAGCAUGACAAGAUAGAAAUGCUUGUGGGCUGUAUCGCUGAACUCACAGCGGAAGAGGAGAGUCAGCUACUCAAGACAGGAGAAAAUGAUUUCAGCGUCAUGUAUUCUUGUAGGAAAAACUGUGCCCAACUUUGGCUUGGACCAGCUGCCUUCAUCAACCACGACUGCAGGCCAAAUUGCAAAUUUGUAUCAACUGGUAGAAACACUGCCUGUGUUAAAGUCUUACGAAACAUAGAACCCAAUGAGGAGAUCACUUGCUUCUAUGGAGAGGACUUCUUUGGUGACAAUAAUAAACUCUGUGAAUGUGUGACAUGUGAAAGACGACGUAAAGGAGCAUUUAAACCAAAACAGCCAAUCAGCCUGUCAUCUCAGAAAGGUUAUUGUUUUAGGGACACAGACGACAGAAUAAAUAGACUGAAAGCAAAGUCAGCAGAAAGCCAGCCAGCGUUCACUGUGGUACCUACAUCUAAUGAAUCAUGGGACAGUCGUGCAAAAAAUAUGGAAUCACAGUCUCACCUUCUGACACCAGCAGAGUUGAAGCGAAGGGGAAUUACCCGCUAUGAUGCAGAGAUUAUUAUUUCCAGUGGCCUGCCCCUACCAGAACCUGUGGUUGGGGAUAGGUCACAUGAUCCUGUCAGCAGUGAUAAAAGUAAAAGCUCAGAGGCAAAGUUUCUGCGCAGCUCAGCGUCAUCUAGCAAGAAGCAGGAAUUAACUGGAAGUCCACUACCAGGAAUAGCGGAAACCUCUGAUUCCCUAAAUGAAAAUUCUAGUAAUAAACGCCAUUCAAAUGUAAUAUGUAGUAAAAAAUCACCUUGUCGUAACAGAACUAGAGGUCGUGUUAAAAAGACAACUACAAGAAAGAAGCCAGACUUGAAGGUUAAAGAGGAGCCCAUGUUGCCCGAAAAUAUUCACAUAAAACAGGAACCUGCUGAUUCUGAUAGUGAGUGCAGCAGUAAUAAACUUGGUUUGGAUGACUUUUCAAAGCAGAAAAUUACCACUGACCUCUCUAUCUCUAAUCCACCAGACAAGAAGGUUAAAAAUGAGUCUUUAUCUGAUCUCAUUGUCGAUGAUGGUUAUGAAUAUACCGAUGCAGAGCUUCGUAGUAACAAUUUGUCAGAUUUUUUAGACAAUUCUCCUCGUCAGAAAGUACAUAAAAAGUAUAACAGCAACAAAAACACAUGUUCAACUAGAAGUGAUGAGCAGUACUUUGCAGGUACUUCAGAAAGUAGCAUCCCGCCUCUUAUCAUCCCUGAGGAAAGUCCAUCCCCACUGGAGAUGAAGGAAUGUAUGACUCCUGUGAAGCUCCUACAGAAGGAAGCUAUGACCCCUGUCAGGCAGAGCCCACGAUUGCAUGGUGUACAGAGCGUCCCAUUCACAGAUACUAAAGCUUUUUUGUCUGGGAAACAUGAGAGAGCAGUGCAUUUGGCACAGGAGUUAAAUUCUCUUGUUGCUAAGGCUUCAACUUUUGCACAGCAACUUACUGACCUUGUAAUGGAGAGUUCGCUCACAGAAAACAGCAGCCAGAACUUCAGAGAUCCUCCAGUGCUAGAACCAGAAGCACCUAUCAUAUCGCCGUCUGUUUCCCGCAGGUCUUCAUCAGAAGAGAGUACUGUCUUUUCUAAUUUAUUGGCAGGUUCUAUCCGGGACCCCAUAUUUCUCGUUUCAGAUCAAAGUCUACAAGUGAAGAUCAUCUUGAUAGUGGCCAUAAGCAGACCAUUCAGCUUUCAGAAAUAUUCUUUAAUUGAAAAGGAUUUAUUUUCUGAUACACGUCAACUCAGACAUCAGCGUUUAAAUAGUACAGAUGAAUUUGGCACUCCACCACUGUUAAAGAAAGAUUGUUUUACUGUGACAAAUGAUGGUUGUUCUACUGAUGUGAGGACAGGCAAGGUUGUUUUUUUACCUAAAUUAGACAAACAGUCACUCAAAUUAUAUCAAGGAGAAGGUGAAGGACUUUCAAGACGUAGUUUACUUUUCAGCAUGGAUGACAGUGAAAAGGCAUGCCAGAAUCAGCGUCAGCCUAAAAUUAUUUUUAAGAUGAAACGGGACCCUGAACUCAAGAAACAGAUUUGUGCAGAAAAUGCACACUGUCCUAAUUCCAACCUGCAGUUCAAAUGGGAUGGCGAUGAAGACGAGAGCGAGCAUGCCAUAGAUUCAAAAUCAUCUCUUAUGUCUUCUGAACCCCCUGACAUUUCUGGUAGUAACAGUAAGAGGAUAAGUAAAAACUUGUUAACAAAAUGUGGUGCGAAACAAGACAGUUCUUUGGGACAGCCCAUGGACUGCCCACGUGGGUUGACAGACAGGCCCAGAAAAAUACGUAAAGUGAGAUUAAAAAUGAUUGACACCUCACUUCAGUUUGAUCUCAUUUCACCAUCAUCAACACCUCCCAAGAGUUCGUAA